AUGGCGUCUCCAAGCGGCUCUCAAUAUGAAAGUUUAGCGAGUGGUAACAGUAACAUUGCCAUUCCACAUCCCUUUUCAACACCGCAGGCCACACCCGUGGGCAAACAGAACCCCAGGCCUCUCUCGCCGCCACGGUCUGAAACCGCCAGUGGGACCUCCUGCUUUUCCAAACAGGGCGUUUUGGUCAACCAGGUCGCAACCGUGUUGUCUGCCUUGACGUCGAAGUUUUCCAACCACCGCGUCAACAACACCAAGCCGCACCUGGUGGCAUAUUUGACCAAAGUCAUCAAACGCACCAAAUGUUCCAAGAAGAUCGUUUUGUUGUCCAUUUUCUACUUCCACAAAUUGUACACCCGCAAGCUGGACUCGAUUACCAACUUGCCCGAGUUUUCCAGAUGCUCCAAACGCGUUUAUCUGUGCUGCCUUAUCCUGGCUCACAAGUUUCUUAAUGACCAGUCAUUCUCAAUGGCGUCGUGGCAAAAAAUAAGUGGAUUGUCUUGUAAAGACAUAUCCACGAUGGAACGCUGGUGUUUGAACAAGCUUGAUUAUGAGUUGUUCACAACUGAUUUGGAUCUCACGGCAUGGUGCGAUAAACACAUUCACAACGAGGUUGUGGAAAAAGACAGCUGUAGUAGGAAGAGAGUUCGUGAUCUAGAAUCGGACUCAACAACAUCCCUUCCAAACAAAAGGUUACAUAGCUCGAUAGUAAUUACCAUCAAAUAA